CAAUCGCUGGGCGGCAUGCCGGGGAGAGGCGGGCCGCGGUGUGGGAGCGCGGCGGCCGGCAUGUGGCGGGCGCUGUCGGGGGGGCGGCGGCUGCUGCGGCCUCUGUCCGCCGCGGUGCGGGGCACCCUCCGGCGGGGGCCCCCCCCGUGGGUGGCCGGGGCUCCGUACGGGGUCUGCGCGGAGACGCGGGGCGCGGGAGGCGGCGGAGCCGGGGUACUGGGGGUGGCGGCGGCGGAGCUGCGCCAGGCAGCAGAUACUGUUCUUCCAAAGUUCAACAUUGACUUUGUUGUAGAUCUGCUGAGGCAAGAAAAUGCUAAAGAUGUCUGUGUCAUCCAACUACCUCCAGAAAUAAAAUACUGUGAUUAUUUUAUAAUUGUGAGUGGAUCUUCAACACGUCACCUCCAUGCAAUGGCACAUUACUUGCUGAAAAUGUACAAGCAUCACAAAGAAGAAAGCGAUCCUCAUACUCAGAUUGAAGGGAAAGAGACAGAUGACUGGCUGUGUAUUGAUUUUGGGAGCAUAGUGAUCCAUUUCAUGCUGCCAGAGACGCGAGAGGUUUAUGAAUUGGAGAAGCUCUGGACUCUCGGUUCCUACGAUGACCAGUUAACACAGAUGACUCCACAGUCACUGCCAGAAGACUUUAUAUUUGGACUGAGUCCUGAGAGCAGUGAUCAUCUUGAGACAAGAACUUGAUGCAGCUGCUGAGUGGAAAGAGAAAUGAGUGUGCCUUCACAGACCUGAGAGACCUGUAGUCUUGAUGACUGGCCUUAACAGUCACUACAGUUGAUCAGUACAAAACAGUGUAUGUAUUGGAUGUGCCUAGGUACAGAUCUGAACAAGCUACAAAAAUUAAUAGAGUCAUAGAACAAUAAAGGUUGGAUUCAAUCUUAAGGGUGUUUUACAGCUGUAAAACAGCAAAGGUGGAAUCCUGUCAUAUGGGAGCUUCCUGAAGGAGUCACUGUCUCAAUGGAGUUUGCAGUGAGAAGAGCAGAGCAGAGCCAGGUGCCUACCCUGGAACUUAUGCUCAGCCUCUAAUGUUUUUCUAGUAUCUUUGAAAGACUUGUCUAUAGUGGCAGUGCAAAAAAGGCUUGAGUGCUACAAGGAAAAACUAUGUGAGAUGGUACAGUUUAGAUGAAGCUUGCAUUAAACCACUUCCUUCUCUCGUCGCAAUGAAGCAAGUCACGCUCUGAGUUGAAGGAGAAAACGGACUGGUGUUACUGAGCACAUAGAAGCCAAGAGCAGCAGUGACAAAUAAAAGUGUCUUAAGUUAACAGUAAGUCAGUUUUUCAGCCAAGGCCAAUCUGGUUUUAAUAACAGUAAAAAACAACCUGAAGAGCUUUGGUUCCUUGUCUUCAUGUUAAAACAUUCAGCUCAUUCUGAGUGUACAGUUGGCCCCUCUCCUAGUUUUCCUCUCACCUAGUUUCUGGAGAAGGACACUGAGGCAGUGCGGUGGCCGUGUGAACCUUCAGCUCCUUUGGAGUGGACAAAAGUAGUUCUGAAGGAAGCCCUGAGUCACUGGGCUAUCAGAGUGUUUGGCACUUUCAGAAAUCAUUGCUCAAUGUAUCUUUAGUCUGAGUGCUGCGUGGUCUGAUAACCAAUUAGAACUUCAAGAUUGUAGCAAGCCUCAUCUGUGUAAAACAAAAUGCUUUUCUCCACUAUGGGACAGGGCUUUCAGCACUAGGGGAAGAUCUCUUCCUUAUGGAGAAGCUUGCUGUGCCGUGCAUCAGGAAGCAGCAACAGCAGAUCCUGAGGGUAAUCACCUUUUUCCUCCGUAGCCCCACAAACUACUUCAAGCCCUGUCUGCAUCUCUUCCCUGCACAGCAGCUGCUGGUUGCAGUGCUCAAAGAAAGUGACCUUGGGUUUUGUGCCUGUGGUUGUGAUGUUCAGGAAGAAGGGAGAGUGUUGGUGGGUGAGGUUUUUUAAAAUAAUAAUAAAAUAGUCUUCUUCCUCA